GGCGAAAACCCUAGGGACAGUCAGAAAGCUCUACCAGCCUCCAAUCUACCGCCGCCCGCGUCUGAGCCUUAGCUUUGAGAGCAGAGAUGAAGGUUGUCGCCGCGUACUUGCUCGCUGUUUUGGGCGGCAACGCCAGCCCCUCCGCCAAGGACCUGAAGUCCAUUCUCGCCUCCGUGGGAGCUGAGGCCGAGAGCGACAGGAUUGAGUUGCUAUUGAAGGAACUCAAGGGGAAGGAUAUCACCGAGAUCAUUGCAUCUGGAAGGGAGAAGCUGGCUUCCGUGCCCUCUGGUGGCGGCGGAGUGGCGGUUGCCGCGUCUGCAGCUGCUGGCGGUGGUGCUGCAGCACCUGCUGCUGCUGAGCAGAAGAAGGAGGAGAAGGUAGAAGAGAAGGAAGAGUCUGAUGAUGACAUGGGCUUCAGCCUCUUUGACUAAGAGAUUUUUCAGUCGGUAUGCUUGCAUCAAGGCGAGUUAGAUCUUUUAGAUAGAACUCAUGUCAUAAUGUUUUCAGUCUGUAGUUUGAUAUGGUUUUUAGACUCCUAAACAUUUUUGCUUUAAUGUGGUAGGGAUGUUAUGACGUUGUUGAGCUAAGUUUCUCUUUUUAUUUGAUGGAUGCUUAUGGUUGUGUGAA